AAGUGAGUUAACUCAGCCUUUGUUACUCGCAGCAGUCGUUCUGAGGAAGGUGUGAGGAGUUUCAGCGGCGCUCCAGAGGUUUUCAGGUUUCCUGAGAGACUUUACACUGAAAAACAUCUGGAGUUUAGAAUAAAGUGUUCAUUAUGGCCAUGGAGUGUAUUAAAGACUGCUGCAAGGUGUUUCUGGGGAAGGAGAAAGAACCAGAGCCUCAAAUCAUUACAGUUCAACCGUUUGCAUCGCUGCCAGAGGCUGAAGUGAAGAAAAGAGCAUUGGGCGUCUCGGAGGAUUAUCUUCUCUCCAAACUGCCUCCCGAUGGCAAAGAAAUACCUUUCGUACUCCCUUCGUUCAGAUCUUCCUACGUACAGCCGCAAGGGAUGCAGUACUCCAGCUACCAGGCUGGACUCCAUGGUUCAGCGAGAGCCACAUAUGCAGAGAGGAAGGCGGAGCUGUCUUCUACAGGUCAAUUCACCUAUGACCCCAAGUCACCCACUUCCCCCUUUAACCCGGGUCAUGUGAUCAGCUGCGUCUCCCCGAGACCCAUGAGACGACCCCUGCUGAGAGGCGGCGGACACACGUCAGCCUUCGACCAGAGCAUGCGGCAGAGGCUCAGCGCCUCCAUGUUGGAUCUGUCGAGUCCUCCCGGACACCUUCAGCGCGAUGACUCAGUGAACAGUGUCCCGAGCAGCACGUCCUCCGUUCGGGAUUCCUUUGGGAGCAGCCGUAGCAUAGAAUCCAGCACAUUGUCGAGUGAUGACCGGGAUCUGGGGAAGGUGUGUGUGCGCUUGAGCUACCAGGAGGCAGUGGAGCAGGUGUGGAUCACGCUGGUGCAGUGUAAGGAUCUGUGUGUGUACUCUGAUGGCAUCGAGCCACAGAGGGUCGGCUUUAAAGGGAUCAUCACCAUGGCAAAGCCUGUGCACUUUAAGACUUCAGUAAAAGAAGCAACACCGGACGUGGUGAUUAUGGAGACGUUCGUCUUCACUCUAAACCUGGAGCAGCUGCAUGGUUGUGCGCUGGUGCUGCGACUGCAAACACACAACCCUCGCAAGCACACGCAGGCCGAGUGUGUGUUAUCUCUCCGGACGCUCGCAUCGGAGGAGACUGAGCACUGGCUGGACCUGAGUCCACCCUGCAAGACGCACGUCUGUCAUGCUGAGCUCCAGUUAUCCACCUGCUUCCAGCCGGUCAGCAGCCGAAUCCAACUCCAGAUCCUCACCGCUCAGAACCUCCCGUCAUCAUCAUCCUCACUCCUCACACACAGUUUCUUUGUGAAAGUCGAGAUGUUCAGCAACGGACGCUUUCUAAUGAAGAGGAAAACGAAGCUGGCGAAGCCGUCCGGAGGGCAGGUCCAGUGGGCGGAGUCAGUGCUCCUGCCAGUCACCAGUCAGGACUACAACAUACAGCUGUCAGUCAAACUCUACAGCCGUGGAUCAAUACGCAGGAAGUACCUGCUUGGACAGGUCAUCCUGGGUUUCGACAGUUCGUCACCGGAUGCUGUGGAGCAGUGGACCGACUCCAUCACACACCCAGAGAAAGUGGUGACAGCAUGGCACAGACUGAGCCACUGCUGAGA